AAACGUUAACAUCCUGUGGUCGUGUACGAGUACAAUAACUAAUUAAUACCGAAUAUGCCGUCAAAUAUGUUCGAUCUAUUAAUACUACAAGUAAUAAGCGUGUAGCAACGUGGAGCUAGUUAACUUGGCAAAAAUUUCGCUCACGUAUUGGUAGAUAAAUCGGCGCCAAAUUUCUGAACUAUGUUAAACCCACCUCUGCUUUUGUGAUCGUUGCUCGCGCUACGCCUGUGGCAAAUGUCCGAUUCCUAUUUACAGAGCAACAAGUGGAAAUUGAUCAGUUGCGUCCGUUAAGUAUGAGUUUGCUAUUUGUAGAGGGUUUCUAGUUAAUUUAUUGCGAUGGGGAGUGUUGGCAACAUAUUCCAAGGGACUUUUCCACAAUUGCUAGCAGCUGUAACCGGCACCUUGGCAGCAAUAUCCGAUGGCAUGCACUACGGGUGGACCGCACCCGUAAUCCCGAUACUUCUGAGCGAAGACAGCCCCGUCAAAACGACAAAACACCAAGCGGAAUGGCUGGAAACCAUGUUGAUGUUGGGUGCUUUCUCAGGUUUACCCACCACCAUCUAUUUCGUCGACAAGAUCGGAAGGAAAUACUCCCUACUUCUCUCUUCCUUAACCACUUUGAUAUGCUGGACCGUCAUAGGCGUAGCCAACCGAAUCGAGUACAUAUAUGCGGCAAGAUUCUUCAGCGGGAUGGCCGGCGAUAUGGCCUUCGUGGCCGCUCCCAUGUACAUCGCUGAAAUAGCCGAUCAAAAAAUUAGGGGGUUCCUUUCCAGUAUUAUCUACCUGAUGAUGUUAAUUGGCAUAUUUUUGAUUUACACCGUGGCACCGUUUACAGCUUUCUACGUUCCGUGCAUUAUAGGUGGGGCUUUGGUGCUCGUCGAGUUGAUUGUAUUCCCGUUCAUGCCGGAAUCCCCUUACUACUUGCUGUACAAAGAUCGUCCGGAAGAUGCCAAAAAAGCUCUGAUUAGAUUCAGACAAACGGAAAACAUCGAAAAGGAGUUCGAGGACAUUUCGGCGGCUGUGAAAAGACAAAGGAGUGAAAGAGGCAAUCCAAAGGAUCUCAUUAUGGUUGACAGUAACCGUAAGGCGUUAUUAAUCAUGACUGUAUUAAACGGGUCUCAGCACUUUAGCAGUAUUAGCGUAAUACUUAUGAAUCUCCACUUAAUUUUAGAAGCAGCUGGCACUGUUUAUCUUUCGUCCAGUUUGGCAGCAAUAAUAUUCUCGAUUAUAAUGUUUUGCGCCGCCACGACUGCGUCAUUCUCCAUUGAUAAGUUCGGAAGGAAAGUUUUGCUUACUACAUCCAGCCUUUUAACCGGUUGUUGCCUGUUGGUUAUUGCCAUUUACUUUAACUUGAAGUACCAAGGAGUGGAUGUUUUACCUGUAAGUUGGAUUCCCAUUGUCUGUAUAAUGAUUUAUGCAGCAUCUUUUAAACUUGGCUUAGGAAUGGUUCCUAUAGUAAUGACAGCAGAGCUGUUUCCUACGAAAAUGAAGGCGAUUGGAAUGACUUUGGCCGAUGCCAUGUAUGUAAUAUUCGCCAUUAUAUCUAUUGAACUUUAUCAAUUGAUUUCUGACAGUUAUGGAAUACAUGUGCCUUUUUAUAUUUUUUCUGCAUCUUGUUUUGCCACUGCUUGUUUUACGGCGUUUGUGAUACCAGAAACUAAAGGUAAAACAUUGGAUGAGAUUCAGUUUAUAUUAAAAGGAGAAAAACCACCACCAAGAAAAGAUGUAGAAAAUGAAGGAGAGAAAGAUUUAUUUUUAUAAUGUAUUUUUGUAUUCGAAAUAUUAGCAUAAUACCUAAUAGUAUUAGAUAAAAUAUUGCUAUUUAAAUGUGAUAUUACUUUAAUAGGAAAUUAUUGUUUGAUAAUUCAAAUUUUCAAUAUUCAAAUACCAUCCAUCCAACCACGUAUUGAAGUAAUAAUAUCUAACAAGAACAUUCUGUUGUUAUUCUUAUUAAAAAAUAUAUGAAACUAUA